AUGAAUGGUUCAAUAACAACAACAUCAUCAUCGAUAUCGAAAUUAAAUAAAAAAGAUAAUGAUAGUACUUUAAAUAAUGUUAGCAACAAUGGAAAUAAAAGUAAUAAUACUUCAACAACGACAACAACAACUUCGUCAUCAUCAUCAUCUUCUAUAUCCCCACCUUCUAUAUCAGUGACAUCAUUACCAACUAUGCAACUACCGACAGUCAAUAGUACAACAAACAAUAGCAGCUCAACAACAACAACAACAUCACAGACUUCAAAUACAACUCCAAUGAGUAAAAUACAACUUCUACUCUAUAAACUUAUUAUUAUGUUCUACAAACAAAAAGACAAUGAAAAUAGUAUAGACUAUAGAUCAAAAGUAAAUAAUAUAUUAAGAUUUAUGAUUGUACAUCAACAACAACAACAACCACCAUCAAAAUUGAAACAAGAUGAUUUUAAAAUAUACGAUGAAAUACAUAAAUAUUUAACAAAUAUUGGAGAUAAAGAAAAGUUGAUUAAAUUUGGUGAUAUCUAUCGUGAAUUGUAUCAAGUGUCGAAUAACAACAAUGUUUAUCUUUCUACUAUUGUUACACUGAUCAAUGGCAAGGCAGACGAGAUUCUCCAACAAUUCAAUACACUGCAACAACAACAACAACACUCAAAGAAGAGCGAUUCAUCAGUAUUGGUCGAACAGAUUCGUUCAAAGAUGGAAACAAUGUCAGUGCAGCCACCAGUACCCAAACAACUACCACCACCCAUCGCAAACCAAUUCCUCAACAAUGAACUACCACCCACUCAACUACCGAUCUACACUGCACAAUCAACUAUUAAUAAUGUUGCAUUACCCAAUAGUAAUAAUAGCAAUAACAAUAGCAAUAGCAAUAAGAGAGCAAGUCAAAAAAUAGAGGUAUCAGAGGAAUUACUAUUGAAAGAUUUGAUCUAUGUAUUCCAAGGUAUCGAAGGAAAGUAUAUCAAAUACUUUAAUGACAUCAAUGGAUACACCGUCGACAAGAAUGUAAAUAUUUCAAAGCCAAGAGCCGAUCUUAUUGGUCGUCUAGUCGAAUUUGGUUGGCUAUUCCGUCAAGUCAGAUUGUUUUUAGUUCACAGUAAUUUUUCACAUCAAGGUUUAGUUAAUCAAUGUUUUUGUUCAUGUGUUCAAGAGGAACUAUCUGAAUUCUAUAGAUUAAUUGCAAUAUUAGAAACAAAGAUAAAUAGAAAUGUAUCAGAGAAUCAAUUUAGUGAACCUAGCAGCAGUAGUAGUAGUGUUAAUAGUAGUGAUAAUAUUGGUGGUGGUGGUGGCGGUGAACAUAUGACGUUGAUGGGUAUGUUUGUUUGGAUACAAGAACCGUUGUUCAAAUUGAAAGCACUCUGUGCAUUGGUAUCGGGUGUCUCCACUUUGAAAGGCGGUGCCACUGUUUCGUAUAUCGAAUCGUUCUCGGUGCAUGAUGCAGGCGAUCACCAACGUUGGAUUCGGUCAGCUAUUCCAGCAGUCUCAGAUGCUCUCCAAAGAGAUGACACAUUUCGUAUCGAAUUUCAAUUACUAUGUCAUGAACUUCCACUCACAGAUGCUAAAAAACAAAAAAUUCAUAAGGAAUUGACUAACUAUGGUGCACGUUUGAAUAUUAGCGUUAAGGAAUAUAGACAACAAUUCAAAAUACUACAAGACGAACUACUAAAGUUGAAAACCAAACAUCAAGAUAUCAAUCCAACUUCAUUGCUAUAUAUGUUGGAUUUCAAUGAAUACUAUUCAAAGACCUACAAUAGUAGACUGUCCACUUCACCUACUGUAUCAAACUCCAACAACAACAACAAUAAUAAUAACAAUAAUAACAACAAUACAACAACAACAACAACAACAACAACAUCUUCUAACUAA